GUCAAUGACACUGAAUUUGACUUGCAAUUUUACCAGAUGAUUCUUGUUUACAAAUUCUCAAGGAAUUUGCGUAUAAUUUACGUUAGUAAUGUUAUUGAGUUUUAUCAAUUAACAAUGUUAUAUUUAUGACGUAUAUUUAGUGUAAGAUAAACACGUGUUUGUGUAGUGUUAUUACUGUAUUCAGUAAGCAUCGUAUGAUUUAAGUGUACUCCUUUGUUCUCUUGUAAACAUGGCAAUGAAAAUCGUUAUUCUGUCUAUUUUAUUUUUUAUUGUUCCUAUUUUGAGUUAUAAGCCUGUGGUGCUUAUCCAUGGGGUGAUGACGGGGAGUGCUAGCAUGGAGUUGAUAAAAUUAAGGAUUGAAGAGCAACAUCCCGGUACAAUAGUGUACAAUGUGAACAGAUUUGAGAGCUGGUCCAGCUUGGAGACAAUGUGGCAUCAGGUGCUAGAGAUUGGCAUGGAUAUAGCCAACAUAUCCAGUCAGUAUCCUGAAGGAAUUAAUCUUAUUGGAUAUUCCCAAGGAGGUUUGAUAGCUCGUGGCAUUGUGGAGACGUUCCCAAAUGUGUCAGUUAGCACAUUUAUAUCUCUGAGCUCACCGCAGGCUGGGCAGUAUGGAGCUGGUUUCCUACACCUGGUGUUUCCCGGUCUGGUGAAGGAUACAGUGUAUGAACUGUUCUAUUCCCGAGUUGGUCAACAUACUUCAGUUGGCAACUAUUGGAACGAUCCCUACCACCAGAGCCUGUAUGAGUCCUACAGUGUGUACCUGCCUUAUAUAAACAACCAUUUAAAGUCAGCCAAGUCAGCAGAUUUCAAGAACAAUUUGCUGAGGUUGAAGAGAUUGGUGCUGAUUGGCGGUCCCGAUGACAACGUCAUCACGCCUUGGCAGAGCAGUCAAUUCGGCUACUACGAUGCGAAUGAAACAAUCAUAGAGAUGAAGGCUCAAGACAUAUAUGUAGAGGACAGGAUCGGGCUUCGAACCCUGGACGAGACGGGGCGACUCCACGUGGUCACUGUGCCAGGAGUGAACCAUUUCAAUUGGCACAUGAACAUGAGUAUUGUUGAUGAUUAUUUACUACCGUUUUUGGAUUAGUUGCGUUAAUCUUUUGGUUGGGCUUUUUAUACCCAGUUUUUUUAAAGGUGAUUUGUAUUUUGUUUUUGAUGUUUACGUAUUUGAUGAUUUGUUUUUUGAAAAUAGUAUUGUGAGAUCUAUAUUAAUUUAUUUAAGUAACUUUUUUGUAAUGGAAGCCAAUAUGUGUUCGAGUAUUUCUUAAAAAUACAUUGAAUUUAAUGCACAUAGAUAGAUAAUUCUUGUUCCAUUUUUUUUAUAUUGCAUUUUUUUCGACGUAAAUGAAGUAUGUGAACACCAAAAACAAAUACGACCACAUAAGUUAUUAAAAUGGAAUAACUAAAAAUGAUGUAUUUAAAAAAAGUGAUCUAACAACAUAAAUCAUAUGGCUAUUCAAAUAUAAAUUAAGAUAAUAAUAAAGAAAUCAAUUAAUAACAUUGAAUAUGAGUGAGAUAAAUUUGCCAUCGCUAAAAUCAACUGUAACUUCAAUAGUUGAAGGUGCAAAUUGGCAUGCUAUUUUGUAAGUAGAUUCCAGACUGGAUAGAAAAAUAAAAAUGUGUCUUAUAUCAUUGGAAUAAGGUUUACAAUUCGGUAGAUAUAUCAUAAUUUAUAACUAUGAUUCGGUAUGUCAUAAUUUGUAGCAGUAAAAAUCAUUCCUAAAAUGAUUAUAUUCCUAAACAAGCCAAAUUUAAAUAAUAGUUGUAGAAGCUAAUUUGGUAGCCAAAUACAAAAAUUGAGGUAAUAUAUUUUGUAUGUAUUACUCAAACAUUAGUAUCGUUUUUUUUUAACAGUUAUCUUACAGAAACUAGCAUUCGUAAGUAAAUAAUACAAAGAUGUUAUAGUUACUAAUAAUAAUAAUAACGUCGCAAGUGCUAGUGCUGGGUUCAAUUCCCGGGUCGGGCAUAAUACUAUUCGUCAUUUUUCAAUUUUUCGAAAAUUUCUCAGUAGCUGCAUGGAGUCCGGAAUUGUUCCCGUCGUAUGGCAAUAGACUCACCCCCUAUUAAACGGGGCCUACACACAAUACAACACAAAUGGUGAAAGGUGGGUGUACAUUGUAUAGUGGCAUUGCGUGCCACUUUCCUUUGGGGAUAAAAAUCGUGACGAUAAAAAUACCUUUAUAUGAUGAUAUUAGAAUAAUUUUGUAGGAUUAACAAGCUUUCUCGAUAUAUUGAAUCUCGAAUAUUUGCUAAGUAACUCAUUCGGUAUAAGAUAAAGGGGAACGCACACUUAUCCGAGCUGAACACGUGGAACGCGUCGAACGCAUGAACUCAAGGAUUCUUGCACAAUGUCAAGAAUCGACCGCCACGAUUUCUAUUUCCUUUACGCCUGUCGCUGUGCAUAAACUGCGUCGCAUCGUCCUUUGUUGGAGAUCCUAAAUAAAAUAAAAUCUAAUGACGUCAUUCUAAUUAGUCACUCUAGGAUUUCUGGAACUCUUCCAGAUCCGGACCGAUUUCUAAAAUUCGUUUUGUUCUUCUCGUUCCGCAUUCAGCUCGGAUAUGUUGAGAAAUCCUUAUAUUUUAUGAAACUUUUAUUAAUACCUAACGUAUAGUCUGUGUUUAAUAGGUAUGCAUAUUUUUAAAACGGUUUUUGAUAUUCUUUCUACCAAAAUAAAAGAUACAAUUUGUAUCCAGUAGCUUACAGAAACAAACUCAGUGCACCUAUAGUUACUUUUAAAUUAAUAUUUUACCUACUGUAUCAAUACAUAGAAAUUAUUGCUUUUAAAUAGUGCAAACCACGUGAUUAUUUUUAGUAUACCCAGUAUUUGUUAAGCCAUAAAAUUGUAAUCGUAAGUAAAUAGUACAUUUUAACAUUAAUUGUAUAAUUUAUAUUAAUUUUACAUGACUAACUUCUUUUUAAAUACUCAAACGUAAAAAUUUUCUUGGAAAAUAUAUCUUAAAAUAAAAGAGCAUAAGGUUUCAUUUCGAACUUACAAUGCAUUACAUAGACUGUGUAUCUUAAAAUACUAAUGUAGAUAGAGGAUAUUUGUUUUACAAUAUUCAACCUUAAACACAUUGAUAUAAUGAUCUAAUUUAAUUAUCUCUAUUGCCUGCUUGUAGAUGCCUAAAUAAAGAUUGUAAUAGCCUACUACUGGGUGUCUUUAGACCUAAAUUAAGACUAGUGUUCUAUGUAUACGGUACAGAUAUAUACGUCCAUGUAUAUACUACGUAUUUAUAUGUAUGUCAUAAUAUGUAAACUUGCGAAUAUUCAUAUCGCUAAAGGCCUUAAAUCGUAUAUUUUUAUAAUAACUAUUGCAAAACAUGCCAAAUUAACUAAAAAUAACGGUUUACUCACGUAAAUAUAUUGAGAUAAACUCUACUAGUUUUGAGUCACAGAGGGACUCUUCAUCAUGAGCAGCGUGUGCGGACGCAAAGACGUCACACAGCCUAAUAACUUAGUAGGAAGAGUCCCUCUGUCAAAUCGUCAUGAGUUUAAAGCAUCUCAAGCAGCAUUAAAAAUAUUUAUUGGUUAAUGAUUGGCUAGCAAAACUCUUAUACAUUACUUCUUGUUUUGUAAAAUGCUUUUUAUUUAACAAAGUUUAAUAGUUGCUCAAUAUUAGGUAAAAAUUAAACUUAUGCCAAAAUCAAUAUGAAACAAUAAUUUCGCAAGUUGAAUCAUGAAUAUGUAAUUAGUAUUUUAUCAAUAAUUAAAAUCGCAUACUUAUUGUAUGACUUAUAUUUUUGUAUGUCUUAUUAUUUAUUUUAUUAUCUCUAUAGGAUGGUCGUAAUAGCUCAAACGAUUGCCUCAUGUUUUGAUCAAUAUGAAAUAUGUAUGUCUAGAUAGAUUGUUGCACAAAAUAAAACAUAACAAUAUGCAAUACCCGCCGUGCGGGUCCUUUACAAUCAAUGGUCAUGGUAAAAGAAAUGUAAA